AUGGCCCCUGGAUACGAAAACAACCGCGAUGGGCUGUACCCCGACAGGUACGUGCCAGAGUAUCGUGAGGGCUCCCGAAACCACCGCGAGGAAGUUCGAGACACGCGUGAGGGAAUGGCACCCACCCAGGAUGGAGGUGCUCAACGACGACGCCGCCGCAACCGCCAACGACGACUCCGCCGAAACCGCCGACGCAACCGCAACCGCAAUCGUGGCGUCCCAGUCCCCAGUCCAGUCCCCAGUCGAGUCCCCAGUCGAGUCCCCAGUCCAGACCUCAGGAUCACCGAAAUUGAUGGCCAGUUGUUCGUCACCAUCCCUGGUCCAAGUGGUGACGACCGACAUCCACUCUUCGGGCCAAUGGGCCGUAUCAUCCGCGGUACGAGCAACGUGGCCCAUGAGGCGGAGAUGGAUCGGGUCCAAACGGCUUCUGGUAACAUGAGGGUCAAUUCCCUACUUUGGACCAGCUCUCUGGAUGUUCCCAUGCGAGCUAGCCCCAUGCUGCGCGACCUCGCGAUACACUUUGGAUGGCCUGCAUGGCCUGGUCAGGACGAAGAACGAGAUGAAGGACACUUGAGGACAUGGAUAGAGGAACAGGAUAUUGCUGCUGCUGUUGUUGUACUCGAGAUGGGAGACCUGGCUGCUUGCCUCGGCCUUCUGGCGUUCGGCUUCUUGAGCGAUGCUGAUCACGGCGUCACAGAUCCGGCUGAGGACGUCUGA